AUGACCUUCCCUCCCCCUCACCCUUCCGCCCAAUCGUCGAUUGCUUCUGGCACCGAUAAAUCUUCUUCGACCAGGCCUGAAUUUGGUGCCUGGGGUCGGUCCACGUCACAUCACCUCUGCAUCUUCCCGGGGCUUGGACGCAGGCCCUGGGGUUUCGACUCCCUCCUCCUUUUCUGCCGUUCUGAGCUCCACAAGGGGCCUUUCUGGGGGCAGCCCCAAACCUGCACCCUCUCCGUUCACCUCGCUGCAAUCGAGUUCGCAGCAGUCACAGUCGCUCUCCUCCCCAAGUUCCGCGCACAUACCCCUUCAGCGGGAUCUCAUUUCACCUCCGCAACAGGCUCCAUCACGGGUGGUGGAGGUUCUGGAGGAGGUGGUGGGCCGGGAUCUUCCAGAGGUGUCGUUUUCUCUCCUCUGUCGUCCGGCACAACCGUGAAUUCACCCACGGGCUUCGCUUCUGACAAGCCCGGAUCGGCGGCUGCUCAUUCGAGCCAAUCGUCUCUUACCAAGAUUUCGAUCGCUCAGGUCUUCCUCCUGUUAGAUUCUAUCACUGAGAAGGAGGGCAAAGAAAAGUGGGAAACCAAAGCUGCCCAGAUACACAAGCUCGUCACAUCCAACGGAAUGGAGGUCUUUUCGAAAUACUUUCGCCGUCUUCUUACGGGCAAUGCCCCUCAAAUCUUCCCGGGUGUUAACAAGUCCGUUGAGAAUGCCGGCAACUACCCCCUUUUAACCCAGGAAAUGCACAAAGUUGCGACAGACAUCGAGCAAGCACAAAAGAUUGCCGAAACGGUAGACACCUCAGAGGGUGACAUCUUCCGUGACUUCGACCUGUCAACCUUCCUGGACCAUUUCCGCCUCGAUCCCAUUGUUAAGGUUGCGCUCGCUUUGGCCUUUAAGUUGACUAAUAAAUCAGAUCUUCGUGCUAAAGCCGACGCCAUCCUCUCGAACUCAACCACACCCUUCCUCCAAAGCUUGGCAAACCCAUCCGAAACGACCAAGGAUUACCAGAAUUCUUUCCUUGGAAUCACGAUUGAACGAUUCAUCCUUUACCCGCCCCGCAAUUUCACCGAUGAUGUCAAGGCCAAACUGGUCUACGCCGUGAACCUGCGAUGCCAGAAGAUGGGCUUGGAUAUGCCUUUGGAGAUUUCCUCGGCUCUCCAGAUGUUCAACUUUGUCAACCCGCGCUAUACUCUCGUUAGACAGCUACACUCCAAGGGCCCACGCGCCACUGCAAACACGGAGUCGCUUACCGAAGUAAUUAAUGCAGCAGGGCCCGAUAGCUGGAGCGAGGAACAACUUGCCAGUGCUCUUCUAUUCAUGAUCCUGUCGCAGUAUUGGCAGCAGUUCUCCCCUGAGACGCUUCUGAGUGCCUACGCCGACAAGCAGAUUAGUUGGGCUCUGGUGUUCCGGAACUUUGAUCGGGAGGGCCUGAGAGUGGAUCCGAAGCAAUUUGCCAAGCUCUAUAGCAUUUUGACCACUGUUGCCUCCGACGAUAGUUCUUUGGACAUCCAGAAGCUCUGGGGCGGGGAGUGGGAGCACCGGGACACGCAAAUGUCGUUCCUGACAGCAUUCGUUGCCUCACGAACGGAUGCUUCUCGGAUCCCUAAUCUUCGUGCAACAUUUCCUAGCGACUUCUUCGAUGAUGCGCCCGAGAUUGUGAAGCUGCAGGGCGAACGCGCCUCUAAAUCUCCCCUUCGUUCCAUGGAUGCCAUGAGGGCAAUUUUCGACCUUGCUCUGUUCUCCCAAGCUUCAUGGGCCGCUACUGAAAGUCAGCUUCUCAUCAAAGCAGUUCUGCAAUACGAUCUCCCCGUCUUCCUCGUUUCCGCUCUCGCCAUUCCACAGCCAUGGUCUAGUGUCCAACAGAGCUUCGUUCUCCGAACCUUCGUUGUUUUCAUUUCUAAGCAAGAAGAUGGCUAUCAACUGGCCCUUCAUGGAGCCUGGCGCCAGGACCGCCAGUGGGUUUCGGAGCAGCUGUUCACUGCUUUUACUCAGGACCCUACUGCUACUGCAGCGAUUUAUGAACAUGCAGCGGCCUAUGGCUGGCUCGAAUAUCUGCUCGGGUUCACCAACGGCCUCGCGCUCGAUCUUGCCUGCUACUCCCAUCGCAAGAGCUCGUUUGAUCUCGAACAUUGGGUUCAAAAUGCUUCUCAGAAGGGACCCAUUGAUAUGGGCGGACUGCUGUCUAAGUUCUUGAGAAUCAAGGCCGAGGAUGAGCUGCAUGUGCAACGAAAGGAACAGCCGGCUCCUCAGAUGGUUAGUCUUUCAGUGAAAACCGUAUAUACUCUCUUGUCAGUACUGGAGGAGUACGUUGGUGAUCGCGAGAACCUCACCCCCGUUCAACGCAUUUGUAUCCAAACCUACCCCCGACUCAUUAAUUACGGCGAAGGGUUUGACGACAUCAUUGAUGCGAACGGUGAAAAUGGCAACACCUUGCCUGAGACCAUCGAUAAGCAAAUGCAGGAAUUAUUUGGCAAGAUGUAUCACGAAGAAUUGUCACUUCGUGAAAUGUUGGAGUUGAUGCGAAAGUAUAAGUCUUCCCGCGAACCCGAGGAGCAAGACCUCUUCGCUUGCAUGGUCCACGGUCUUGUCGACGAAUAUCACUGUUAUCACGAAUACCCCCUCGAGGCUCUGACCAAAACUGCAGUCAUGUUCGGUGGAAUCAUCAAUUUCCGCUUGGUCGACGGCAUUACUCUCAAGGUUGGCCUAGGCAUGAUCCUGGAGGCUGUCAGGGAACACGAAGUCCACAAUCCGAUGUACAAGUUUGGCGUGGAGGCCAUCGAGCAGUUGAUCGGUCGUCUUCCCGAAUGGGCUGGCUUCUGUCAUCUACUUCUUCAAAUCCCUAGCCUUGCUGGCACACCUAUCUUCCAGAAAGCCGAGGAAGUUCUUGGAGAGCAAGGUGGCAGCCAUGAGAAUGGCAACAAAUUCGACGAUCUAGGCGGCCCCCUCCUCACCAACGGCAACGUGGAGGACGCUGUCGUGAACGAUGGCACAUCACGAAAGUUCCGCGCCGUGCAGGUGGAUGCUCCCAUUCGGUCCGAUAUCUACGAGGAUCCGAAUGAGGACAUCCAAGACAAGAUUUUGUUCGUCUUGAACAAUGUUUCAGAACAAAACAUCGAGGAGAAACUGCAGGAUCUGCGUGAAGUGUUGCGGGAUCAGCACCACCAGUGGUUUGCUGCUUAUUUGGUCGAAGAGCGUGCCAAGCUGCAGCCCAACUUCCAACAACUAUACCUGGAUCUUCUCGACCGCAUUGAUGACCGAAUUCUUUGGACUGAGGUUCUCAGAGAAACCUACGUCAGUGUCGCCAAGCUCUUGAACUCGGAGGCUACCUUGAACUCAUCUCAGGAUCGUGGCCACCUCAAGAACCUUGGCGCCUGGCUCGGCUCACUGACCAUCGCCAAGGACAAGCCUAUCAAGCACAAGAACAUCUUUUUCAAGGGCCUGCUCUUGGAAGGCUACGACAGCUCACGCCUCAUGGUUACGAUUCCCUUUACCUGCAAGGUCCUGGUUCAAGCGACCAAAUCUACUGUCUUCAAGCCUCCAAACCCGUGGUUGAUGGACAUUUUGGGACUACUUUUAGAGUUGUACCAUUUCGCUGAGUUGAAACUCAAUCUUAAAUUUGAGAUUGAGGUACUGUGUAAGGAUCUGGAUCUGGAUCACAAGACUAUUGAACCUUCUAAUGGUAUUCGUGACCGUACCUCCCAUGUCGAGGAGACUUUGUCCACCACCAACAUCCCAGAGGGCCUGGAAGCUUUUGAGGAUAUGGGUCUCAGUACCCUUAACCAGGGUAUUCGAAACGAAAGAUUGUCACCUGCUGCUAUCAUGUCGACUCUGCCUAGCCUUGAUAAGAUCCUCGUCUUGCCCCCGUCAGCGAGCGGCAUGGUUGACCAGAGUGUCCUGAGGCAGAUUGUGCACACUGCGGUGGAACGUGCUAUUGCGGAAAUCAUCACUCCGGUCGUGGAGCGCUCUGUGACCAUUGCCUCUAUCUCUACCGUCCAGCUUGUUUCUAGGGACUUUGCCAUGGAGCCCGAUGAGGAGAAAUUCCGCCACGCCGCUGGUGUCAUGGUGCGCCAACUUGCCGGUAGUCUGGCUUUGGUCACUUGCAAAGAGCCACUCAAAGUCAGCAUGACCAAUUAUAUCCGUAUGAUCCAACAAGAGUACUCCGAUCAACCUAUGCCCGAAGGGUUGAUCUUGAUGUGCGUCAACGACAAUCUGGAUGCUGCCUGUGGCAUCCUGGCAAUCUACGAAGAGUUCGCUCGUCAAUCGCGUGGUACCGCUGUUGCCCACCCUCAGAAUGUUUCUACCGACUCUGGUCGCCCUCUUCCAGACGUACUCCAAGACACCUACCCCGCUAUCCCUAACCUUUCAACGCCGGCCGAACAGCCUGCAGUCCCUCAUCGCACCCCUCAGCCUCAGCACGCUGUCUCUCAGAUCCCCGUCCACACAAAUGGGUUCCUCGAUGCCCAGAACCCCAGGGAACGAGUCGAAACUCUUAUCUCGGAACUUCAACAAUCCGCUCGCAACGCUCCUGAAGAGCAUGUUAAGGACCUUGGUCGCGAUAGCUCUGUCCUCCAGGAAUACAAUCAAGCUCUGCGCGCUAUCCUGAACUCUCCUAAUGGCGAGGAGUUGGCCCGGUUGACCUCCCUCAAGGUCUGCACAACUCUAUAUGGCCAAUCCUCAGGAUCUUUAGAAAUCGAGGUCCUUGUUCACCUUCUCGCCAAGCUGUGUGACUUGUCUUCCGUGAUCGCACGAUACACCUGGGCGCUUCUUGCAGAGAUUGACGACGAGCACAUGUUUAAUGUUCCUGUCACUGUUGCUCUCAUCGACGCAGGCCUUCUGGACAUCCGCCGAGUGGAUAUGGUUCUCACUCGCCUCAUCAUGCAGAAGAAUGUCAGCGCUUUGGAGUUGCUCGACACACUGAUGAGCCGUGUUCUCUUCAACGACGAGCCAUCUGCCCUCCGCUCUGACUUCUCUGGUAGUUUGGAUGCCAUGAGCCAAUGGCUCUCUGAGGAUGGCAGCGUCGCACCGGCCUUGGAGAUCAUUCGCAAGCUGCGCGAGUGUGGAAUUCCCGAAGUCGCCAACCCACUACUCAGUGACCAGGCUAGGUCCAAGCGUGACCAGAUGGAGUACAUCUUCAGCGAGUGGAUUGGUAUCUACAAGGCUUCUGGUGCCAAUGAGCGUACUUAUCUCUCUUUCCUCCAGGACAUGCACAAUCGCCAAGUUAUGAACUUGCAAGAGGACUCUGCAUUAUUCUUCCGCCUGAGCAUUGACAUUUCUGUCGCCAUGUUUGAGCACGAGUCUCAAAAUCCCAAUGGCAGCCUGGACGAGGCUUUCCUCUACGUUGACGCCCUCGCCAAGCUUGUCAUCCUGUUGGUCAAAUCUCAAGGAGAGAAUGAUGGCGCUGUCACUCUCAGCAAGCCUGCUUACUUUGGCUCCAUUCUCUCAUCUCUUGUCCUGGUUCUUAACCACCACCAAGUUAUGCGGGGUGAGGCGUUCAACCAACGUGUUUUCUUCCGCUUGUUCUCUAGCAUUCUGUGCGAAUACUCUGUUGCGGGUCUCCAGCUCCACGAGGAACACCAGGGCAUGAUUUUUGCACUGGCUAAUAAGUUCCUGUCUCUUCAGCCCCGUUAUGUUCCUAGCUUCGUCUACGGCUGGCUAUCUCUAGUCUCCCACCGUGUCUUCAUGUCUGAUAUGCUCAACAUGCCCGAACGUGCCGGUUGGGCUGUUUACUGUGAGAUCAUGCAGGUCUUGCUCUCCUACAUCGGCGAGCAGCUCAAGGCAGCCAACAUCUCUUAUGUCGCCAAGGACUUGUAUAAGGGCGUGCUCCGCAUCUUGUUAAUCCUCCACCACGACUUCCCGGAGUUUGUCGCCGAGAACCACUUCCAGUUCUGCAAUGUGAUCCCCGCUCAUUGCGCCCAGCUUCGCAACUUGGUACUCAGUGCCUACCCGUCAUCCUUCCAGAAGCUUCCCGAUCCUUUCCGUGAGGGUUUGAAGGCGAACCUCAAGGACGUCAUCGACACUGUUCUUCAGAGUGACAAUGCAUCCGAAGCCGUGGUUCAACAAAUUUGUGACACUGUUGUCAACGAUGAACCCCGCGAUACUGCUCUUUUCUACCAGCCCAUCAAUGUUGAUGUUGUUCUGGUGAACGCGCUUGUUUUGUACAUUGGCCAACAAGCGGUUUCCGAACACGCAUUGAAGAGCAAUACCCGCAGCGUCUUUGAGAACUCCAACCAUGCCGCUCUUCUGGAGAAGCUUGCCCAAUCAAUGCAGCCUGAGACUCGUUACUACCUAUUGAGCGCGAUGGCCAACCAGCUGCGAUACCCGAACAGCCACACCUACUUCUUUAGCUUCACCAUCCUGCGUCUGUUUGGUGUUGACUACUCUGAGCAGGAUGAGUCUGACAUCCGCCAGCAAAUCAUUCGCGUGCUGCUGGAGCGACUCAUCGUCCAUCGUCCGCACCCAUGGGGUCUUAUCAUCACCCUGCAAGAGCUUCUGCAGAACCGCAGCUACUCUUUCUUCCGCCUCCCUUUCAUCCAAGCGGCCCCUGAGAUUGGACGUCUCUUUGACGCUCUCCUGCAACACAUCCAACAGCAAAGCCCUCGUCCCCUUGCGUAA